AUGCUACUCUCAACGGUCUCACGUAUCUCCCCAAAGGUUGCUCUCAAGAAGAUAUCUCGCAGAUAUACCAAUUCCUCGGCCUUCAAAACUGAAACAGACGCCCUUUUACGAAUUUUUGACAACGGAGGGCAUCCCAAUAUAUCAGGACUCCGAGAUAUGUACGAAGACCAUAACUUUUACUAUCUAAUCUUGGACCUAGUCACUGGAGGAGAAAUGUUCGAGCACCUGAUUCAUUAUGGUGCAUAUAGCGAGGCAGAUGCUGCAAGAUUGAUGUACGAGGUGGCCAGCGCAUUGGCUUUCCUUCAUGGAGUCGGUGUGGUUCAUGCCGAUCUUAAACCUGAGAAUUUGUUGCUAUCAACGAAGAACAGAAUGGACGGAACGAUCAAGAUGAUUGAUUUUGGCUGCGCACCGUACGUUGCUACCGGUCUCAUCUAUACCUAUGUGUGUGCUCAAAUUUCAUUCUCACAACCUCUGCUUUAUCGUUUUCAGAUGGAUAUGUGGAGCGUUGGCGUGAUUCUUUAUAUCAUGCUCACCGGUGUUCAUCCCUUUGAUGUCAAAGGCGUAAGUACAGAUGACGAGAUCGCCGAUCAUAUCCGGCAAAACCCUGAACCCCCCUUUUCUCGAGAGCUUGUUGGUCAUCUGUCUGAAUCCGCUGGGGAUCUUAUUUUGAGACUGAUGGAAAGAGAUCCGGCUAAGAGAAUUACCGCCUAUGAAAUGUUGCAGCACCCCUGGGUA